AUGAGCAUCGGCAACAGUGACGGAGCUGGUAGGCCAAUGAGCUCCGCCGAGCUACGACAACAGGGCAAUGCUUUUUACAAACGGAACAAGUUCUAUGAUGCCAUCGCGCUAUACCGCAAAGCGGCUGAAGCGGACCCCUCGGAUGUCUCUCCUCUCUCGAACAUUACGGCAGCCUAUUACGAGGCCGGCGAUUAUGCCAAGUGUAUCAAGGCAGUCGAAGAUGCUCUCGUUGCAGCUGGUGGAAAAGCUAAGGAGGACAAAGAAAUAAAGCUAUUGGAGCCAUGGUCUCGGGACCAUCAAGAAUCUGAAGCCACUGCCAUCAGAAAAAUCAUCAACAAACUACCACGUUUUAAGCCAUCUUUGGACGAUGUCACGGAAUAUUUCACUGUCGGUACCGAUAUACAACAAUCCCUACUCGAAACUACGGAUAUCUCAUGCCCGCUUACAUCAUUUCUGUUUGCGGGAAUUGGAGAUGCUCGCCAUAUGCACGCGACUCUAGUGGAUAUUGCAAACCAGGAACGACAGUCUGGAAAGGCCUCUCAGACGCGAUAUCAUUUCACCAUCGUAGACUGGAAACCCGCUGUGAUCGCCAGAAAUAUCAUCGUCUUUCUACUGCUAGAGGAACUUACGGACAAGAGCAUAACCAGCUGCAAAGAAAAGAAAGAAGAGAUUCUGGCAACUCUGUUUUACGUCUACAUCGGCGUGAUUAUGCCUCCUAAAGCUUACGAGAAGUUGCAGAGAACAAUUUCAGCUGCAAUUUCCUUUCUCAACGCCCCGGAUGGCUCUCUACAGUGGAUACAGGUUCCCGAGAAAGACAAAGCCUCAAUUAGGGGCUCUUUUCAAAGAUGGCAGCAGGAAGUCGCACCUGUCUACACAACAAAACGCAUGCGAGAACAGGUGUACGUGCAUCUUGAGGAACAAGCCUCUGAAGGCGAAGGUCUGCUCAGUCAGGUAAAGCCACCGCCAAGCUGCAAAAAAGACUGUACCAUGUUUGCCGCCGCAGCAGUUCUUAUUCCUCCAAAAUCAUUCUUGGAAGAGGACUCCUUGGGUUUGUCAACAAUAUUGACCAAGAAGAGCCCGGAGCGUGCAAUGCGCGGAGCCUGGCUUCAGAAGCUGGACAAUAACUGGAUGCCAAACGUCACUCUUAUUGAUUUGGAGUGGCCCCCCCCCCCCCCCCCUCCCCGGGAAAAUGAUUACUUCUGGGUUGGUCACGAGCCUGUCAGAGAUUUUGGAUUCGGCUCAUUGAAAUGCUAUCCAGCAAAUCCGAAGUGCAUGUACGACUAUGCCGCGGAUUACUUUAUGCGGCUAGGAGAUGCACUGGACCAUGUAAAAUCAAGAGUCCGGGUUGAAGCAAUUGUCGGCGACAUGGCCGAGACAUGCGAGAAAAUUAGGUAUGGCCUGCUUGAACACCGCCAGAGUAUCAAGCAUGCGGAAGAGACGUGCGCGAACGGCAACCACAGUUUUUCCCCUGAGGAGUACCCUCAGCUGUACGACAGGAUUCACAUGUCCAACAUUCCAGACUAUAUUAGAGGUACCCUGUCGUCUUUCCUCUUUGCUGCUCCAGUCACCAAGCCCAGCGACCGCUGUGCCUACUUCAGGUCGAAUUGCCUGCUUAAUCGUCAACAAUUUGCAGGUCCUUCGCACUUCGACAAGUUCAACAAUGAAUAA